AUGAGCCAAGGCGCCGAGGUCGUUUGUGAGGGUUGGCUGCGAAAAUCACCGCCGGAAAAAAAGCUUCGGCGUUACGCAUGGAAGAAGCGCUGGUUUAUGUUGCGCAGCGGUCGGCUGAGCGGCGAGCCAGACGUUCUGCAGUAUUUCAAAAACCCUCAUUCCCGAAGGCCCAUUGGAACCAUCGACUUAAACCUGUGCGAGCAGGUCGACGCCGGGCUGUCGUUCACCAAGAAAGAAUUGGAGAAGAGCUUUGUGUUUGACCUGAAGACAGAGGAGAGGACGUGGUACCUUGUGGCCGAGUCAGAGGACGACAUGAACCGCUGGGUGGCGUCCAUCUGUCUACUAUGUGGUUUCAACCCAACACAACAGGUCCCUGGCAGCCCUACCGUUGCUGUGGUAACACAAUCCGCCCCGCCCCCUCGUCACCCUGUCAGCUUGCGCUCCCUGGAAACAUCAAGCGGCCACAUGCCGGAAGACUACCUGUGGCUGGCGCAGUGCCAAAGUGGUGUAAGGCCACCUGAAGCUUCGUCCCCCUCUCUUGACAGUGACAAUAGUGACCAUCUAUUCCCUCCUUCGUCUUCCACCUCUUCUUCCUCUUCACCAGUCACUCUGUCCACCAGCCUUCCGUCGUCUACCUCCCGUACGGCACCAUGGGUGGCCGCCCUCAGCCAGCCUCUGGACUGCAGAGGGACUCCUCACCUCCAGAGAGGAGGUGGCAAGCCUCGAUGUCACGCCUCCCCUCACCCUAAGAAGCACUCGAUGGAUUUCCACCUCCGUCCCGUGGACAUCCCCCUUAGUGGCUCGGCAUCCAUACUUCAGCCGGCCCCUGCUCUGCGGCCCUCCUCGACCCCUAGCCUGGCUGUCCUAAACCGGGAGAAGCUCUGCACCUCCUCCCCAACCCCUCCGCCACGCCCACCUAAGCCUGUCGCCAUUGCAAAACAAGGACAGAGUCCCGCAGGAGGUAACUCACCUGGUUGUUCGCCGUCAGGCUGCGAGUCACUACCGGACCGAGCGGGAACGUUUAACUUCAGCGAGAGCUUCAACAGCUACUUUUCCAACAAAGGCAUGGUGCUGCUGGGCAGUGUUUGUACUGAAGACGAGGUAGACGAAAACUACGCUCCUAUGAGCGCCGCCACCACGGAACCGCCGUUCGCGGCACGACUCUCUGAGGCAUCCGUCCAUCAUCAGGAGGCCAACUAUGUCCACAUGACUCCAGUUGCUACUCACCACCCUGCCGCAGCGGAUCCACAGUCUUACUGUAGGCAGGUCCCUGCACUCCACAAGACCGUGGCCCGGGAGACAGAACCGCCACCGCCGCCUCCCAUCCACCGUGAUCUAAAGCCACAAUGCAACAGAAAACCAGCUCCUCUGAACCUCCUCCCAGUGCAGCAGAAUUGGCAGGAAGUUCCGCCCCCUGUGCAUUCACCAGUCACUCGAACCUUCACAAGAGACCCGCCCAAUCACCAUAUGGACAAGCCUACCUGCCGCAGUUCGCCCCCCUCCUCCGAUUCGGAUGAUCCCGAUGACAGCUAUGUCGCCAUGACUACCGCCGGUCUUGGUUUCAUGACAGGAGAGCCGUCGCUGAGGCUCAUGCUACACCGGGCCUCGGAGGGCGGGGCCAGCAGCCCGUUGGCUUGGCGAGCCACAGCCAACAAACAGGUGGAGUACCUGGACCUGGACCUGUAUACAGUACGAUCGACACCAACAAGACAGAAACGAUGCCCUGACGAAGUUGGCGGCAGCGGCGAGACGCUGGCAGUCAAGGAAUGCAGCCGGGGCAUGCGUGUGGACUAUGUGGUGGUGGAUCCCAAAAGGACAAAGGCCCUGAAGAACACCAGAGAGGCGUGGCAUGAUGGAAGGAUGUCCACAGAGAAGUGCAAAGAACACAGCUGA